AUGGCAUACGCCAACGCAUCAACAGGAAAACCCGCUGGUAUUCGUGCUGUCGAAUACAUCAAGAAGUCCGUGCUCUCAUACAGGACGCACCAGGCCCUUGUGCUGGUGCUUACAUUCUUAUCCUAUGCAAGCUAUCACGCCACGAGAAAAACCACCAGCAUUGUGAAGAGCGUGCUCGAUCCGAAUUCAUCCAUGUUGGGCUUCGCCCCCUUUCCGAGCUCCAAAUUUCUGAGAUCAUAUCACGGCAACCAGGAGCGUUUGGGGCUGGCCAGCGGCUGGGCUCCAUUUGACAGCUCCGAUGGCACUGCUUUGCUCGGACAAAUCGACGUGGCAUUUCUCUCCGUAUACUCUCUGGGUAUGUACUUCGCCGGACAUUUGGGCGAUCGCCUGGACCUGAGAGUCUUCUUGACGGUGGGGAUGAUCGGGACAGGCCUGUUCACCUCUUUGUUCGGCGCCGGCUACUGGCUCAACAUCCACAGUUUCUAUUACUACCUGCUGAUUCAGAUGCUUGCUGGUCUGUUCCAAUCGACGGGAUGGCCGUCGGUGGUGGCCGUGCUUGGAAACUGGUUCGGGAAGAGCAAGAGAGGGCUGAUCAUGGGAAUCUGGAACGCACACACAUCUAUUGGCAACAUCGCCGGGUCUCUCAUCGCCGCGGCAAUGCUCAAGUACGGAUGGGGCUGGUCCUUCGUGGUUCCCGGCGCGGUUAUCGCCGUCGUCGGAGCGAUUGUGUUCAUGUUCCUGCCCGUCAGCCCCCUGGCUAUUGGAGUCGAGGAGACGGAGGACGACACGGUAAAGUUCUCCGGGAUGGCCGAAGCCACCGAACCUCUCUUGAGGGAGAGAUCAGAGGAGAUGGAGAAACCCGUGGGCUUCAUGGAAGCGUGGCGUAUCCCCGGGGUGGCCCCUUUUGCCUUUUGUCUCUUCUUCUCCAAAUUGGUGGCCUAUACGUUCCUAUACUGGCUACCCUUCUACAUCAGCCACACCGGUGAGUCCCCCUCCUCAGACUUUGCAUUCCGUCUCCUUCAGAACAUCACUAUACGGCUCAGCUGACUGGCCGCUGUUCUCCGCCCCGCAGCCAUCGACGGCAAGUACUUGUCGGACUCCAUGGCGGGGACCCUGUCCACCUUGUUCGACGUCGGGGGAGUCCUCGGCGGCAUCCUCGCCGGCUACAUGUCGGAUAGGCUCGACGCGAGGGCCAUCGUCGCUGCGGGCUUCACCUACUGCGCCAUCCCGGCCCUCUUCCUCUACCGCUCGUAUGGAAGCAUCUCCCUCAGCUGGAACGUAGGCCUCCUGUUCGUCGCGGGCAUGUUCGUGAACGGCCCCUACGCCCUCAUCACCACCGCCGUGUCGGCCGACCUGGGCACGAAGGGGAACUCCCGGGCGCUGGCGACGGUGACGGCGAUUAUAGACGGAACCGGCUCUGUGGGGGCGGCGGUGGGCCCGCUGCUGACGGGCUAUGUGUCGACCAAGGGAUGGAGCCACGUGUUCACGAUGUUGAUGGCCGCCGCAUUCGUCGCCGGACUGCUAUUGACCAGGUUGGUGGUGGCCGAGGUGACCGCUAAGAUCGCAGGCGCCAGCCAACGGGGUGUCGCCAGUCAAUAUCCGUCCCCAUCGGUGGCGGAAGUGUAA